AUGACAACAUCGAGGGCCGAAGCCGAAAUACAGCAGUUUGUGGCGAGCACACCGAAGUCGAAGUCGCUGCAGGAUGAGGCGGCGCAGUACCUGCCGGGCGGCAGCUCGCGCGGCACGGCGUAUUUCGCGCCCUACCCGACAUUCGUUGACCACGCGAAGGGGCACUAUGUCUAUGAUGUCGAUGGCAACCGCUACCUCGACUUCAUGAUUAACGCUACUACGCACAUCAUGGGGCAUGCGCAUCCCGAAAUCGUUGAGGUUCUUCAGGAGCAGGCGGAGCGGGGCAACUCGUUCAGCGGGCCCACUGAGGCGCAGGUGCGACUUGCGAAGAAUUUGUGCGAGCGCGUUCCCUCCCUGGAGACGGUGCGCUUCACGAACUCCGGCACAGAGGGGACGAUGAUGGCGAUUCGCGGCGCGCGCGCCUUCACGGGGAAGCACAAGAUCGCCAAGUUCGAGGGCGGCUAUCACGGCUCGCACGAAUAUGUGUCGGUGAGCGUGAGACCUGCUGCCGAGGAUCUCGGUCCCGAUGCCACGAUUCCCGUUCCAGAGCAUCCGGGGCAGCCCCCUAGCAUCACCGAGGAUGUCAUCACGCUGCCAUAUAACGACCUUGCGACUUCUGAGCGCAUCAUCCGUGAGCACGGCGAUGAACUCGCCUGCGUCAUCAUGGAGGUGGUGUCGUCAAGUUUCGGUUAUCUGGAGGGGGACGAAGACUUCUUGCGGGGCAUGCGGGCGGUCACGGAGGAGCUGGGCAUCGUGCUAAUCUUUGAUGAGGUGCAGAGCUUCAGGGUGUCUCCGGGCGGAGCGCAGGAGAUGUUCGGCGUGAUACCUGAUAUGACGACAUUCGGCAAGAUAAUCGGGGGCGGCAUGCCGGUGGGCGCAUGGGGCGGCAGGCGCGACAUCAUGGCGCUUUUCGAUCCCAGUGAGGGCGCGCCUCUUGCGCAUGCGGGCACUUUCAACGCGAACCCUAUGACGAUGGUCGCGGGCGAGGUGGUGAUGAACCACCUGACGCCUGAUGUGUAUGAGCGCAUGAACGCGCUGGGCGAGACGCUGCGCGCCAAGCUGCGGGCGGUGUUCGACGAGCUUGAGGUGCCGGCGCAGGUAACGGGCGUGGCGUCGCUGUUCGGUAUCCAUUUCACGGACAAGGAGAUCGUUGACUAUCGCUCGGCUCUUAGCAGCGACGGCGAUAUGACGAAGGCGCUGUUCACGGGGCUGCUGAAUGAGGGCAUCCUGAUUCAGACGGGCGGCGCGGGCGCGCUGAACACGCUGACGACAGAUGAAGAGGUGGACGCGCUGGUGGACGGCUAUAAGGCGGGUGGUGCACGCGGUGUGAGGUAA